CACAUGGUGAGUUGUGGUGAUUUGGUGACUGCAGAGGUUGGAAUUUUUGAAGAAAAUGCACAAAUGAGAAAAAUCAAUGAAGUGAAGCGAUCCUGCAGGAGAGCCUGCUGGGUUUCAUGCAAGAGGUCAUCCACACGGGAGUACCUGCCUUGGAAACAGCGAGCAGUGGGUUUACGAAGUUAUAGAGGAAGGAGAGAAGAAAGAACAUGUCUGAACUCAGCCAAAACUCUGAUGAAGAAGUGUGUCCUGAGGACAUUGAUGAAGAUGAAAUCCUGGCAAACCUGUCGCCCGAGGAGCUAAAGGAGCUGCAGAGUGAGAUGGAAGUCAUGGCCCCGGACCCCCAGGUCCCAACGGGGAUGAUACAGAGGGAUCAGACGGAGAAACCCCCCACGGGGAGCUUUGACCACAGGUCCCUGGUUGACUACCUGUACUGGCAGAAGGCGUCCAGACGCAUGCUCGAGGACGAGAGAGUUCCCGUCACCCUCUUGCCCUCUGAGAGAAGCGCCGCGGAGGAGGCAGCUGGUGGGAAGGUGCCAGCAGAGGAAAGAGAGAGACGUUACCAAAAUGAGCACUUGUCCAACUCUGGAACACAAUUUGGGGAGACAAACAAUGAUGGAAGUGAUAAAGAGAGAGAAGAGGAGGAGGAUGAGGAAGAAGAAGCAGAGGAGGAAGAGGAAGAUGACGAAGAGGAGGAGGAAGGGGAAGAUGAGACUGAACUAGACACAAAGGAGACUUACACCAAUGAAAAGCCUCCCAGCAAUCAGAUAAGUAAGAAACCCAGUACAGAAUCAGAAGAAAGCAUAGAAAAGCCAAAUGAAAAGAAAAUAUCAAAACUGAACAUCCCAAAAAAGUUAGCACUGGACACCAGCUUCAUGAAGCUGAGUGCCAGGCCUUCAGGAAAUCAAACCAAUUUGGAAGAGAGUUUGGAGAAAGUCCGAAAAAACAACCCGGACGUGAAAGAGGUCAACCUGAACAACAUAGAAAACGUCCCCAAAGAAAUGCUGAUAGACUUUGUCAAUGCCAUGAAAAAGAAUAAGAACGUAAAAACGUUCAGUUUGGCCAACGUGGGGGCUGAUGACAAUGUGGCGUUCGCGCUGGCCAACAUGCUGCGGGAGAACAGGAGCAUCACCACCUUGAACAUCGAUUCCAAUUUCAUCUCUGGCAAAGGGAUCGUUGCCAUCAUGAGGUGCCUGCAGUACAACGAGACGCUGACGGAGCUCCGCUUCCACAACCAGCGGAGCAUGCUGGGCCACCAGGCAGAAAUGGAGAUCGCCAGGCUGCUGAAAGCCAACGCCACCCUCCUUAAAAUGGGGUACCACUUCGAACUGCCGGGGCCCAGGAUGGUGGUGACCAACCUGCUCAGCAGAAACCUGGACAAGCAGAGGCAAAAGAGGCAAGAGGAGCAGAGGCAGCAGCAAAUGAAAGAGCAGAGGGAGUUGAUAGCGAUGCUGGAAAACGGACUUGGGUUGCCUCCUGGGAUGUGGGAAAUGCUGGGGGGACCGCUGCCCCAGCCGAGGAUGCAUGAACCCUCUCAAGCCCCAAAACCACCUGUCCCUGCAGCUGUGUCUCUGAGCAAAAGGCAGGAGAGGGUGAGGCAGCCGGCCCCCGAGGAGCCACGUGGAAAGGAGCCCGUCAACUUUAGGGUGGUCAAGCUGAAGAAGACUCAGCGCAAACCCGCCGUGCCGGAGUACGUGGAACCCACCGAGAAAACCAACCUCAAAGACGUCAUCAAAACUCUUAAGCCAGUUCCCAGGAGAAGACCGCCUCCCCUCGUUGAAAUAACCCCGAGAGAUCAGCUACUAAACGACAUCCGUCAGAGUAACGUCGCUUAUCUUAAACCGGUGCCGUUGCCGAAGCAGCUGGAGUGAGAGACCAGACUGACCUGAAGAAAUGAACCUGGAAUAAAUGAACUUGAAAAAGAUUCAAGUUUUGCUUAUGACUGUUUCAGCAGAUGUUUUCUGCAGAACCCGGGUGGUGUAUACGACUCUUUGGGAACAAAGCUUGCGAUGCCCACUUCUCUAAGUGUGGUGAAAACGGCUGGCAUGGGAAAAGGCAGUGCUGAGCGUUUCCAUCAGGUAUCAAACACUCCUGGUGCCAGCUGUCUGCCAAGGGGAUUGGAGGCUCCAGUUUGCUGUGGGAGUAUUUUCUCAGAGGCAUCAAUAACCUUGUCUUUCUAGUUUGUCAGCAAACUAUUCUGCUUCCACGUUGUCCUUCUGCCGCCAGAUUCUGCAGGAACGCGCUGUGCUUUAUCUUAUCUUCCCUUUCACACACACAUGCCUUUAUUAUUCUCUUGUCCGUGAGGAAUGUAUUUAGUUUCCACGUAUACAGCUUCAUUUUUUUUAGGCUA